GUGGCCGGUCUGUUUAUGCAUGCGAGAACAAUAUUCAACCGCUUCCUUCUUCUAGAAAGAAAGGACGAUGCAGAAAUUUGGGGUAUGGACAACCCUUGUUUCGACGGCGAGAGGGCCGUUGGCGGUAAAGGGCUGGCCGUAUACACGAUCGAGGGUGGCGGCGGAGCUGCUUUGGACAACAGGAGGAACGAACGUCGAUCCGUUCGUGGUAACGCGCCGCCUCCGGUGCCCUGCCUACACAAAGAAUGGGGAGGUUGGAGCCUGGACCUCGCCCCCGGCCAAACCGGAAGACUCGCGUCCCUAGCAGCAGCUCUCCUCCUCGCCACGCUUAUCACGAUUGCUGCGACUGCAGCUCUAGUCUACACCUUAAGAAGUGUUCACACCAACUACCAGUCCGAACCUGUUUCAGCAGAUUCCUGGUCAGCGGAGAUGCUGGUGUCUGGAGAAUUCCGAGUUCUGAAUGAGCCUUUCAAGUCAAUCUAUCUUGAUCCGAUGUCAAAGCCGUUCAGGAAGCUUAGUCAAGAAAUCACACAACAGUUGGAGUCUCUGUUCAGGCAUUCACUGCUUUGGUCUGACGUUAAGAGAGCGACUGUAACAAGUCUUAUGCCAAAUCUAAAAGUCAAAUGUUCGUUGGUUUUAAAAGCGAAAGACAGUCUGACAGUGAGCAACGUCGGAUUGGCCUUCCUUAAUGGUCUGAAUCACACACAUGGUCAUUGUUGGCUUGGCAGGUUCAUCAUCGACAUCCAAUCAAUCAGUUUUUCAGCCAUGACCGAAGAAGUUUCGUGGUCUCAAUGGUCAGACUGGAGUGAAUGCUCUGUUGAAGAUCCAAGGAGGCCAAAUGUGUUGUUCAGAAAGAGAAAACGCGUCUGCCUCUCUUUGGACGGUCUUAAAUUGAACAGACCUGAACCUUGCCUGGCCCUGCCUGGAGCGAAAAGAGAAUUUGAAAUAGAAAAAUGUAUCAUAGAGGAAAGCGUACAAUCUGAGAUUAAUAAAAGUUUAUCAAAUGAACCAAAAAUGACUACCACAAUACCAGAAACUACAACUAAUAACAAGACAUUUGUUUCCUAUUCAGACAAUAUUAUAUUACACAAUACAUCUAUUCACAUCACUAAAGAAGCUAGUAGUUCAACUACGUCAACAACAACAACAACAGAAUCUCAGCCAGAUGACGAACAAAAGUUUUGUGAUAAUUGUGAGUACAAUGAGGUUUGCAUCGCUCUUGAGAAUGAGCCUGUCCCAACGUGCAGGCCUAUAAAAGAUCCAAUGGACCCUACAGGUUGUGGCGGUUGGUGCAAACUCAACUUGGAAAUUUGCCAAUACCUAGCAGUAACUGCUCAUCGGUGUGUCGAUGACUCAAAAUGCCUCGAUAAUGAAUGGCAAUGCGGUAACAAGUUGUGUAUCCCAUCAGUCAAAAGAUGCGAUGGACACUUCAACUGUUAUGAUCAUACUGAUGAAAAUGAUUGCGAAUGUGACCUCAAGACACACUUUCAGUGUGGAAAAAAUUUGUCAUGUUUGCCAAAAAGUAAGCGGUGUGAUGGAAUUGUCGAUUGUUGGGAUGCAGCAGAUGAAUCAAAUUGCACUAUAGCGUGUUUGAAUUCAACACAGUUCACAUGUAAUAACAGCCAGUGUAUUCCUAGUAAAAAUUUCUGCGAUGGGUAUAUUGAUUGCAACGAUCAUUCUGAUGAACCUUUUGGGUGCGGCGGGCUUUGUAAAAGUCACGAAUGGAAAUGCAACAAUGGCAGGUGUAUUAUUAAAAGGGACGUUUGCAAUGGACAUGAUGAUUGCGGUGAUCAUUCUGAUGAAAGAACAUGUGGAAAGCGAAGAAGUGGUUCCUGAAAAGAAGCUGACUUAACUGAAAAUUAUGGCCAAAGAAAGUUUGUUAGACUAAAUUAUACUUAAUUUUACUCAUAAAAUUAAAUUAAAUUUAUCCUUGAAAGGAAUUCAAAAUGAUUGCAGAGUACUUAUGUAAUUGUCUUCCCAGUAUUAGAGGUUGUCAAUAUUUCCUCGUAUUUAAAUUUUAAAUGGGUUCACCAUGAAAUAAUUUGAAUAUAGUUAUGCUACAUUCGCUCAAUGUAAACUUUAAAUUGAGACACUAUAAGUGUUACAAUUUCAAAAUUCCAUUUGUACCUAUGUAUAUCUAAUAUUUGACCCACCAAUUUCUACCCUGAAAUUUGUAUAUACGAUGUUUAUGUACACAUGUUUCAAAGAUUUAUCCAUAAUAUACCGAGAAAGCUUAAUGCAUAAUCAUGUUAUUAAUUUAUUAUGUAACUAUAUUUUUGUAAUAUAUAUUAAAAUUAAGUUAUCACUUUUAGAGCCGUCCUAUACAUGUAUAAUCUAGUUUUAGCGAAUAGGUUAGCAACUUCCCUCAUAAUGUAUAACAAAAUUAUAAAGUAUAAAUUAGCUUCGUCGUAGGAAUUGUACUAUAUUGUAUGACGGAAGUAAAAUUUUAAUAAUUGAA